AACAAGUCGAAGGUUGUGCACAUUUUGUUAAAGUACUUGCUGAGGACGGUUGUGGUCAGUUUGUGGUUCAAUAAGCUGUAUGACCUCAUCGAAAUCUUUAGUUCAGUAAAGGAUUAAGCACGGUCAUAUGCAUAUAGAAAGUGAAUAAAUUAUUAGUGCGUGGUUAGAAGCAAAAGAUUGAUUUUGAAUUUUUUGUGAAUUUAAUAAAUAAGUUUAAAAUUAAAGAAAGAUAAGAUUAGCAAACAUUUAUUUAAAAUUAAAAAAAAGAACAGAGCAAAGAAACUUUUUCAAAAUGGGUUGUUCUGGAAGUGCACACAUGGUACCUGCAACUAGUGAUGUUUCAUUGAAACCAACAAUUGCUCCUGCAAAUAAUUCUAUUCCAAAAGAAGAACUUGUCUUGAAAGAUCUGCCAGAUGUUGUUGAGAAAGUUGUCGAUUCAUUGAAAAUAACAGAUUUGAAAACGCUUCAAGAAAAAUUAGACCAAGCUGAGAAUCUAUCAGAAAUCAAAGAAGGUAUUUCAAGUGUUGAAAAAAAUGUUUCGAAACAUAUUCAAGAUGCAAGUAGCAAAAUUUCAAUGGCCCCAGCAGUCAUACAAGGAAUUAUUAUGGACAGUGUUUCUUCAUCUUCAAAACAAUCAGAAUUGGAACAUAUGGAUGAAAUCAAUAAAUUUAAAAUUAAAAAUAGUCCAACAGUUUCAGCUGCUGAUUUAGAUAGCUUAAGAACAUCGUCACCAGAUUCCGAAAUAGAGGAGGCUCUAGCAAAUAAUAAUGAUCAAAAUCCACCAACCCCAAAACCAACAUUUUCUGAACUUCAAAAUCUUGUGGUUGGUCCAGUUAAUAACAUGUUAAAAAGUUUUGCUAAACCAUCCGAAGCACAAGUUGUAGAGAAAAAUCCAGCUUCUGAUAAUUCUGACAACACUUUUCUUGAGGUUUUAAAAUAAAUCAAUGUUAAUAAAUUAAUGUAAAUACCAUUUUAUUGUAC